GUCACUGCCAGGCUCUACCAAUCGGUCUCGGGAGCGCAUCGAUGGGAGCGGGCCCUCCGCGGACUGCGUUUAGGGACGCUGCCCGCAGUGUGGGCAUGGGACCCGUGCGGCGGCUGCGGAGAGGCGAGUGGAGCGGCGGGUACGACGCUUGCGGUCGGGGUGGCGGGGUGAUAUGCGGGAAUCGAUUGUUCAGGCCUGGGCAUGGCGCCUCUCCUCCCCCCCGCCAUGGCUCCCCGUGUCCCUGCUCCUCUCCUCUCAGUGAGCGAAAGUGGCCGCCGCCGCCGUCCCAGCGCCCGCAGCCGCCGCCUCCUCCUCAGCAGCAGCGCGGGCGCCAUCUUGGCGAGGCAGGAGUCGAGAGCGCCCCGCGGCAGCACACAGGCAGCGCCAGCCCCGGCAACGCGGGGCGAGAGGCCGGGUGGAGCGAGCGGGGGAGCGAACCCAGGAGACACCCCCAGCCCCCCGCCGCCGCCGCCGCCGCGCCGCAGCCGAGCCCGCCACACAGACAGGGCCCGGUGCGACGCUGCUGUUGGAGCUCGGGGCAGGCCUGGGGCCACCUGAAGCUCCGUGUGGAGAGCGGGGCGUGCUGCUGGUGACAUCGCUUCCCAGACAAGUCUGCCUGAGACGUGGUGUAGUGAUUGUGUGCGCUAGAAAACACCCCUUCAGAGCCACGGAGUGAAGAAAGUCACUCCUGUUUCACGGCAGACACACAACCUGAUACAAUUUCGGUUUUAAUUACUAGUAUUUAACUUUGUACAUUCUGACUGUUGCUGAUCUUGUGUG